AUGGAAGUGAAACACGUAAUCAAGAAUGCGGAUAUGCCGGAUAACAUGGUGACUGAGGCCGUGCAACUUGCACAAGAAGCGCUGGAGAUGCAUGGAAUCGAGCGUGACGUUGCCGCACAUAUCAAAAAGGAGUUUGACAAACGUCAUGAGCCGACGUGGCAUUGUAUUGUCGGUCGGAAUUUCGGCUCUUACGUCAGCCACGAGACCCGGAGAUUUAUCUACUUCUAUUGCGGACAUGUAGCCAUACUUCUUUUCAAGUCGUAA